AAAAGCCCAAUAUAUACACAUAUAUUAACUAGGUUAAAAUCACAGAGUGAUUUUUUUGAGGAAAAUAAAAGAUCAUCUCGCGGCGGUGCACGAUGCUGUCGCACGUCGACCUGCUGGACGCUCGGCUCGGGAUGAAGGAUGCCGCGGCGGAGCUCCUGGGACACAGAGAGGCGCUGAAGUGCAGACUCGGAGUGGGCGGCGGGCUGUCUGAACCCGGACAUACCGGGGAACUUGGCCCGAACCCGGAAACCCUAGAAGGCGCGACCCAUCUUCCCGGAGACGAGCUCGGCAACGUUGGCUCCAAUCCUCCGAACGGCAAAGAGCAAGACAAGCAGCAGCAGCAACAAAGCCAAAACUCGGCGCAAUCCGUAAGUCAGCAAACGCAGAAACAGAAACGGCACAGGACCCGCUUUACGCCUGCGCAGCUCAACGAGCUCGAGCGCAGCUUCGCCAAAACCCACUAUCCUGACAUCUUCAUGCGAGAGGAGCUCGCGCUGCGCAUCGGCCUGACGGAAUCGCGCGUGCAGGUUUGGUUCCAGAAUCGACGCGCCAAGUGGAAGAAGCGCAAGAAGACCACAAACGUGUUCCGCGCGCCCGGCACCUUACUGCCCACUCAUCACGGUUUACCGCAGUUUCCUUCGGCAGCAAUUAACGACAGCCUAUGCUCGUUUCACGCAAACGACACGCGCUGGGCUGCAGCCGGGAUGCCGAGUGUCUCUCAGCUCCAACUUCCGCCGGCGCUCGGCCGCCAGCCUACAAUGGCGCAGUCACUGUCGCAGUGCAGCUUGGGAGGCGCGGGCCCGGCGGCGCCUGGUUCCAUGGGUCUGUCCAACAUGGCGUCCAACGGCUCGGCCCUGCAGUCGCAUCACCUAUACCAGCCCACGUUUCCGGGCAUGGUGCCCGCGUCACUCGCGGGCCCGACAAGCGCGAGCGCCUCCACGCAACUCUGCAACUCGUCAUCCACAGAUAGUGACAUGUGGCGCGGCACGAGCAUCGCGUCACUGCGCCGCAAAGCGCUCGAGCACACAGUCUCUAUGAGUUUUACUUAAUGGCGCGCGUGGGUUCCGAAUAUGUUCUUCUGUUGGCUGGUCUUCUUUUACACCGUUAUUUUCUCUCCCAAAGCCCUGUCACUCACAUGUCUGACCUGCUGAAGCCUAAAGCAUAUGGACCUGGAUGCUAAUUUACCUAAUUUUCCUUUUUCUAUCUAUCUAUCUAUCUAUCUAUCUAUCUAUCUAUCUAUCUUUUUGCCAAUUUAUUUGAGACUUUCACACCAAACUCGCUGCACAUAACAGACAGGAUGAAAAGCGCACAGUUGCAAUAUUCAACACUGGACGCUACCUGCCUUGUGAGUUUUUAUUUAUGAAAACAAAUACUUGCAUAUUACGGACCACUGAAUCUUUUUUUUUUUUUUUUUUUUUUUACAGUAAAUAAAUAGGAGAAUAAAAGGGCAACUGCUGUAAAAAGAGAGAAAAUCAAAAUCACGAAUAAUCGUCGAAUGCAUGUGUGGACAGCGCUAUCCGAUAAGGGGAAACUGCUCAUUUAUUCUAUUUAUUAUUUAUUUUAAAAAGAUGAUUUUACUGUUAUAGGCUAUGCUGUUCUACAGGAUGUUUUGUGUAGACAAAGCAUUCUUAAAUUGCUCUGAUUUGGUCGAUUUGUGAUAUGUUCUAAGUUUGUCUGUGCGUAAUACCAAUACAGAUUUCUUAAAUUUCUUAAUUGUUAUAUGCUUUCCUGAACAUAUUUAUAUCGAUUAAUUGUAAUGUCAAAUAAAAUAAUUUUGAAUGUCA